GGAGGGCGUAACAUCUACUGUGGCGGUUCCAAGAAGGCAGGUGGGGUCACGUGAGGGACAACACGUGGCCACAGUGCCAUGGCCUUCACGCUGGGACUUCUCCGUCGGCGGUGUCGACUGUGGGGUAGGAAGCGUGGGCUGGCGGUGUUGGUGGUGGCGAUGGUGGGUACUGUACUGGCCGCCACCUACCUGCGGCACCUGGCACAGCAGCGGGGCGUCGAGACACAGCCUGCAUGCACCGUCACACAGGAGCAGCGGCGGGGGCUGUACUUGCUGCUGGCUGCGGUUUCUGCGCUUCUUACACGCCUCUCCAUUACUCAUUUCCUCUGUUUUGACUCGCUCUGGGGCGCGGUGCACGAGUCCGGCCCGCUGCCCUGGGACCCUCAUGCCCACCUCUGUGCCCUCAACGAGAAGGUGUCCCGCCAUGACGAGGCAGAGUUGUUGCGGGCAUUUCGACGCCGCGGCCUGGCGCUGGAGUACAGCUCGGCCGAGGGCCAAUACACCAUCAGGAACUCCUCGUCCGCCUUGAGCACGUUCGAGGCGCCAACUGUGCGAGUGGUGCUGUUUGAGGAGGACGAGAGGGUGCAAAUGUUGCGACGUGUCGGGUGGCGUCGUCGGCUGCUGCCUCCAGAUUGUGAUGCUCACCCCAGCCUGCAGUGCUUCCCGCCCAACUUAGUGGUCUUACCCCUGCCCAUCAGACCCUUUGGUCCCCUCAGCCUUCCCGCCCCAAGGGAAGAUAUAGACUUGCUCAAGUUCCAUUACCCCGAGACGUGGUGGCGGCCGCUGCAGCCCCACUGCUGAGCACCGAGGUUAGCGAGUAAAAUGAAUGAUGAGGUGAAGGCUGGACUGGUACGUGUGUGGCACUGGUGAGGUAAAAUUAUUCUAGACACAGUUUAUACCAGGCAGACAACGUUGAAGAAUGGCACAUCGAACUUUUAUCAUUUAAACUAUACCAAAUCACCUGUUAUUUAGCUCCCUACGAGGUGCUGAUGAUGUGAGUGCGAAAUGAAAGAAAGGUAAGCGUGUAAUUUAAAUGUGAGUGAUAUUCGGGACCGUCUCAUGGGAAACAAGGAUUUGUGGGAGCGCUGCUGGCUCUACUAAGUCACUGGCAACAAGAAGGAAUCCGGAUGAAGUACUGUUUUGAUAUUGCUGGGACAGAAUGCAAGUUGCAUGAAUUAUGUGAGUUUCUCUUUGCACAUUGCACCGCACUUAAUCAAAGACUAUGCUCCCCGUGCUCACUCGCAUUCAAAUCAGCCCGAGGAUUAUCAAAGCAAAAUUUGUGUAUAAUAGGAAUGGAAAAUUAUCAAGAGAAGUGUUUGAUCUAUGUUCUACUAUAUUGUAGACAACUCACAUAUUGCAUGGUAUUACUAUUAGGCGUUCAGUGUAAGUUCCUGAGUUCUUACGAAGUUAAGCAGUUUAUUGAAGAGAGGCGGGAUGUCCCCUGUAUUAUGCGACGAACGUAUAAGAGAAUAUCAAAAUCUAAUUAUCCAUAAGGGCAUUUGCUUCCUAAUAUUACAGUGUUACUUGGCGCAAUGUAAUAAUCUGCUUGAAACAUUAACAGCUUUCUGCAACAAACCGGUGUCAUCCUUUUGAUACGGUCACCUUGCACUAACAUUUCUCGCAUCACAGUGCCAGUUCCCUGUUCGUAUGCUUUAGUGCCAGUGUGACCUCAUGUCAUGUGUGUGUCAUGUCUGACACUUGUUCCUCUCUUUAACGUGAUGGUUUUACUGCCCAUGACUUCUGUUAUGUUGCUUGGGAAUACCUAAGCAUUAUUAUUGUUGACUGCGCGGCGAAAAUUCCAACACAUCAUAGUAUUGUACGAAUAAUAAUAAUAAUAAUGAUAAUAAGGUAAACAUAAUCGUCUUAUCGAAACAUUUUAGAUAUUUGGCUUAGAAUAUUACCGCAGAAUACUCCUUUUAUCAUCACUGAUGUUGCGUUCAUUACUUGGUUUUAUUGACCAUAAUAAUACAGGUUUACUUAGCAGUACAGUGAACACAUACAAGAUCCUAUUUCGGUCUAAAUGAAGAAGCAUACUCUUAAAAGGUUCAAAUUAAGGUCUUAAAACAUGUAGAUAUUCUUUUGUACGUAAUAAGCGAUGCAAGAACACACGCUGGUUUAGCUAAGGUGCGCUUGUCAUCGUACUGCAGGAGGCAACGUGAAUGUUGACCACGGAAUGCUAUGCGUAAUGUUUUAAGACACACUCGAGAGCAGUGAUAAAGAUUGACUUCUUACUGUACUUAUUCGGGAUCUCAGCACGUCUAAUGCAUGCUGUCAGGCACAAUGAAUUAAUGUCUAACCUUUCUCAGUGAGUAUCCAUCCCAUCACGUGUCAAAGGAUGCAUUAGGCGGAAGGGAAAACCGAUAGAGUAAGAUAAGCAGCCAAUAUUUUCUGUACCAUCAUAUUUGGAGCAAAAGACGUUGUAAUGAUAAAGGUAGACUAACAGAGUCCAUGUAUUGCAUUGCCACAACGUUCAUGUAACCUAAUGCAUUUACUUGAGCGGUAAUGAAAGAAAAGCAGGUUAAGCAGUCAGCAUAUUCGCGCUGUCCGGGGCGUCUUGUUUGGAAUGUCGGUAAACACGUGGGCGACCCUUUGGUACCACCACAUCCAAGGCCAGUGUGCUGUUGGUAUUCGGGGGACGUUCAUUCCUCGUCGCUAAAUGUAAUGGACACACGCGUACUAAAUGGUGCACCGCAUGCCACAUGAAACAAACCGCAUGAAAGACUAUGUUAUAUGAGCAUGCCACACUUGCCUAAGUAAGUUAACACAAUGCUAUGCACCGCAUGCCGAGUGAAACAUGCAACACGUGUGUUUUUACGUAGGAUGCCACAGUUAUCCACUUAUUAAUGCAUAAAAACGGGAUGAAUGAUACUAUAUUAGCCUUCCCACAGUAUGGUUUACCCCGUAAUCAAAUAUGAAUCAUUUACUAUAUAGGAUAGACCAGACGUGUUUGGCUUAUUCAAGCUGUGGUGCAAGAUAUACAGCAGGUUAAGGAUGGAAGCUGGGAAGGUGAUGUUUGUUAACUCAUUCAAGUGGUGCGUUUGUUUGUAUCCAUUCAUUCUAAUCACGUAUCUCGCUUUGUUCUCAUCUCGGAGGUUGAGUUUGGCUAGUAUGUGACGGUCGGGUGUGUAAGUGUAGGCCGAGUGGUAGUGGUGUACUUCUGAAUGGCUCUCCGAAGCAAGCCAAGCGUUCCUUUGCCGACAGGGACCGUGGCUUCGAGUUCGUCACUGUUGAGAAUAAAUGCUUUUCAGGA